AACUGAAUGGAACGUUCGUGAUGCAGAAGCCACUUUAAUAAUCCUCCCGUCUCCAGCUUUUGAUCCAGAAUUAGAUGGAACUGCUUUUACUAUUGAAAUGGUAAAAAAAUAUGGAAAACUAUGGAAACAAAUUUUUCUUGACCAAAAUUCCGUGAAUAAUAUUGAACAAAUACUUAUUUGGAUAAAAAAUAAUAAUAUUAAACAUAUAAAUAUUGGCGGCCCGCGAGAAAGUAAUUCUCCAGGAAUUCAAGAUUUUGUCACUGAGGAUAUUUCUUUAAAAGCUGGUCCAGCUAUCACGGGGUUAUUAAAUGCUACUUUUGGCAAUGCAACAGAAUUAAUUAUUUCUGUUUUUGCUUUGCGUGCUGGAGAAAUUAAAAUAGUUCAGUCUUCGAUGUUAGGAUCGAUUAUUUCAAACAUUUUAUUAGUGUUAGGGACAUGUUUUCUUACUGGAGGCAUUAAGUAUAAGACGCAAAAAUUUAAUCAAACUGCUGCUCAGACUAAAGUAACUAAAGUAGCAACUAAAAAAGUAAUGAAGAUUAGUAGAUUUUGUAGCCCAUAUAUCUCAAAAGCAUGCUUUCCUUGUGCACAAGCUAAGUAUUAUAACCAAAAGGAUGAUGAAUUUAACACUGAUAUUGAAUCUCCUCCAAUAUGUUCGUUAUGUGAAUUAUUGCCCGAAAAUCAAAACAAAUCACUUUUAACACUUCUCAUUCAUAACGACACAAUGACAAAUCGAAAAUGGAAUGAGUAUUUUGACAAUAAUGAGGCUGAUACUUGGAAAAAACACAAAAAUGAUCCAGGAAAACUUCAAUAUCAAAAAGCAAAUGACGCACUUUUGAGAAGUCUGCGUUCAAUCACUCAAAAUUGUAAAGAUAAUAAGAAAGUUCAGAAAGCAAAAAUGAUUCUGAAUAUAAAAGUGACAACAAAUGAAGCUCGUAAUGAAUCAAAUAAUCCUUUUCAACGAGCUAAAGUUGGUCACAAAGUAGACAUGAAAGGAAUAUUAAUGAAUACUUCAUGUAAAUUAGAGGCCUUAUAUGGAGAAGUAUCUGGAGGUUUAGGACCUUUUGGUCUAUCAAUAGCAAGUAGAAAGAAAAAGUAUCUUGAUAAAGUCAAAUUAUCCGGCAUGAUGCGAGAUUCUAUUAAUAAGGCUUUAAAGCAAUGGAAGCAUAUUAGUGAUGAAGACAGAAAAUCUUUGGUUGUAUACGGAUUUACACAAGAUGGACUUGAAAUAAAUUUUUAUGCAAUGUCUUGGUUUGAAGGAAUCUAUCUUUUUGGAAGAAUUGACUCUUGCACAGCUCCAUCAGAGGAGGAUAAUAGUUAUUUAUUUGAAGAUAUUUACUGUGUUCUUAAAGAACUUGAA